AGAUUCCUCAAUUCUAAGUCUGACCCACCCUGAUUCUGUAACAAUCUGGGUUUUGCUAUUUAGCUGUCCAAAGUGGAUAAUACCUAAGAGAGACAUUAUAGGGCACAAUGGCCAUUUUUGUGAUGCUGUCACAUAUCUUUGUUAAAAGGAUGAUAAAGUUCAAUAGACAAUUCUAUGAAAGUAGGAUAUAAUAAACUGUCAUAAUUUUACUAGUUUAAACAAAGAUAAAAAUAUGAGGACUAGAAUUAGUUUAUAUAUACAUAUUAUGUGAUUUUUCUAUUUUAAAAAAAGGAGGGUCUGCAUUGCAUAUUUCUUACCAUUCCUGUUGGACAACCAAUAAUGGUUCUGUUACAGAAUAUGGAAAGUCUAAAUUCCACUCGAUCUCAUGAGAGAACCGGACCUGAUGGUUUUGAACGGAUGUCCGAUGAAAGGAAAGGAGGUGAAAAAGAUGGUGGACACACUCAGCAUUUCGAGAGCCCCACAAUGAAGAUCCAGGAGCAUCCUAGCCUAUCUGACACUAAACAGCAGAGGAAUCAAGAUGCCGGUGACCAGCAGGAGAGCUUUGUCUCCGAAGUGCCCCAGUUGGACCUGACUGCAUUGUGUGAUGAAAAGAACUGGGAAGAGCCUAUCCCUGCUUUCUCCUCCUGGCAGCGGGAGAACAGUGACUCUGAUGAAGCCCGCCUCUCGCCGCAGGCUGGGCGCCUGAUCCGUCAGCUGCUGGACGAAGACAGCGACCCCAUGCUCUCUCCUCGGUUCUACGCUUAUGGGCAGAGCAGACAAUACCUGGAUGACACGGAAGUGCCUCCUUCCCCACCAAACUCCCAUUCUUUCAUGAGGCGGCGAAGCUCCUCUCUGGGGUCCUACGAUGAUGAGCAAGAGGACCUGACGCCUGCCCAGCUCACACGAAGGAUUCAGAGCCUUAAAAAGAAGAUCCGGAAGUUUGAAGAUAGAUUUGAAGAAGAGAAGAAGUACAGACCUUCCCACAGUGACAAAGCAGCCAAUGCAGAGGUUCUGAAAUGGACAAAUGACCUUGCCAAAUUCCGGAGACAACUUAAAGAGUCAAAACUAAAGAUAUCUGAAGAGGACCUAACUCCCAGGAUGCGGCAGCGAAGCAACACACUUCCCAAGAGUUUUGGUUCCCAGCUUGAGAAAGAAGAUGAGAAGAAGCAAGAGCUGGUAGAUAAAGCAAUAAAGCCCAGUGUUGAAGCCACGUUGGAAUCUAUUCAGAGGAAGCUCCAGGAGAAGCGAGCGGAAAGCAGCCGUCCUGAGGACAUUAAGGAUAUGACCAAAGACCAGAUUGCUAAUGAGAAAGUGGCUCUGCAGAAAGCUCUGUUAUAUUAUGAAAGCAUUCAUGGACGGCCGGUAACAAAGAACGAACGUCAGGUGAUGAAGCCACUAUAUGACAGGUACCGGCUGGUCAAACAGAUCCUGUCCCGAGCCAACACCAUACCCAUCAUUGGUUCCCCCUCCAGCAAGCGGAGAAGCCCUUUGCUGCAGCCAAUUAUCGAGGGCGAAACUGCUUCCUUCUUCAAGGAGAUAAAGGAAGAAGAGGAGGGGUCAGAAGACGAUAGCAAUGUGAAGCCAGACUUCAUGGUCACUCUGAAACCCGAUUUCAGUGCACGAUGCUUUCUGGACCAAUUCGAAGAUGAUACUGAUGGCUUUAUUUCCCCAAUGGAUGAUAAAAUACCAUCAAAAUGCAGCCAGGACACAGGGCUUUCGAAUCUCCAUGCUGCCUCAAUACCUGAACUCCUGGAACACCUCCAGGAAAUGAGAGAAGAAAAGAAAAGGAUCCGAAAGAAACUUCGGGAUUUUGAAGACAACUUUUUCAGACAGAACGGAAGAAAUGUCCAGAAGGAAGACCGCACUCCUAUGGCUGAAGAAUACAGUGAAUACAAGCACAUAAAGGCAAAACUGAGGCUCCUGGAGGUGCUCAUCAGCAAGAGAGACACGGAUUCUAAGUCCAUGUGAGGGGCGACCCCCGCCCGAGCACAGGGGGCUGGCAGCUGCAGUGAGAGUUUACUCUCCCCUGAGAAAGAGCAGCUCUGGAAGGCAGCCUUGGAGCUGGCCCUGCAAAGCAUGCGGCCCUUCUGCCUCUAGACCAUUUGGCAUCGGCUCCUGUUUCCAUUGCCUGCCUUAGAAACUGGCUGGAAGAAGACAAUGUGACCUGACUUAGGCAUUUUGUAAUUGGAAAGUCAAGAUUGCAGUGUGUGCACAUGCGCCUGUGCACAGACACACACACAUACACACACACAGUAGUGGAGCUUUCCUAACACUAGCAGAGAUGAAUCACUACAUUAGACAACACUCAUCUACAGAGAAUAUACACUGGUCUUCCCCGGAUAACUGAGAAACAUGAGACCAUUCUCUGUCUAACUGUGAUAAAAACAAGCUCAGGACUUUAUUCUAUAGAGCAAACUUGCUGUGGAGGGCCGUGCUCUCCCUGGACCCAGUUAAGUGCAAACGUGCAUUGGAGCCCUAUUUGCUGCCGCUGCCAUUCUGGUGACCUUUCCACAGAGCUGCGCCUUCCUCACGUGUGUGAAAGGGUUUCCCCUUCAGCCCUCAGGUAGAUGGAAGGUGCAUCUGCCCACAAUGGCAGUGCAGUCAUCAUCUUCAGGGUGUUUCUUCAGGACUUCCUCAGCUGACAAGGAAUUUUGGUCCCUGCCUAGGACCGGGUCAUCUGCAGAGGACAGAGAGAUGGUAAGCAGCUGUAUGAAGGCUGAUUUUAAAACCAGCUGAUGGGAGAAGAGCCUGGAGAUUCUUUCCUGAACACUGACUGCACUUACCAGUCUCAGAUUUUAUCAUCAAAUACCAAGCCAGGCCAGCAUGCUUAUGGCAACCUGUUUGGGGCUGUUUUGUUGUGGCACUAGCCAAACAUAAAGGGGCUUGCUUAAGUCCUAGCCUGCAUACAGAGGAUCAGGGGAGAGAAGGGGCCUGUGUUCCCAGCCUCCUGAGUACUUACCAGAGUUUAAUUUUUAAAAAAAUAUCUGCACUAAAAUACCCAAACUGACGGGUAAAUGUAGCCCUCAGAGCUCAGCCCAAGGCAGAAUCUAAAUGACACUAUUUUCGAGAUCGUGUAUAAAAAGAAAAAAAUGUCAUUCUGUCUGGCCAAUUAUAAUUUUUUUCAAAGACUGUCACAAAGCUGUCUAUAUUAGACAUUUUGGAGGGACCAGGAAAUGUAAGACACCAAAUCAUCCAUCUCUUCAGUGUGCUUGAUGUCACCUUGUGAUGUGUUGUUACUUUAACUCCUGCGCCUGCGCUGAGGACAGUGGGUUCUGGGUCCACCUUUGUGCUCUGCGAGGCCGAGCCCAGGCGUCUGCCCGCCCGCCAUGGCUGACCAGAGAAGGUGCUUCAGGAGCUCUGCCUUUGACGACAAGUGUUACAGGAUGAACACAUAGCAGAGCCACCCUCCUGUAUGUUUUGAAAGUUGCCUUCUUAAAGGGCACAGUUUUAAGGAAAAGAAAAAGAAUGUAAAGCUAUACUGACCAGUUUUCAGUUUUAAAGGGUCGUGAGAAACUGGCUGGUCUAAUGGGAUUGACAGCAACAUUUUCCAUUGCUGAAGUGAGGUAGCAGCUCUCCUCUGUCAGCUGCAUGUUAAGUCAAGGAUGGGGAAAAAGAAUGCCUUUAAGUUUGCUCUUAAUCGUAUGGAAGCUUGAGCUAUGUGUUGGAAGUGCCCUGGUUUUAAUCCACACUCAAAGACGGUACAUAAUCCUACAGGUUUAAAUGUACAUAAAAAUAUAGUUUGGAAUUCUUUGCUCUACUGUUUACAUUGCAGAUUGCUAUAAUUUCAAGGAGUGAGAUUAUAAAUAAAAUGAUGCACUUUAGGAUGUUUCCUAUUUUUGAAAUCUGAACAUGAAUCAUUCACAUGACCAAAAAUUGUGUUUUUUUUAAAAAAACAUGUCUAGUCUGUCCUUUAAGUAACAGCUCUCUUAAAUAAGCUAUGAUAGUAAUCAGAUCAUUACCAGUUAGCUUUUAAAGCACAUUUGUUUAAGACUAUGUUUUUGGAAAAUAUGCUACAGAAUUUUUUUUUUACGCUACAAAUAAAUGAGAUGCUACUAAUUGUUUUUGGAAUCUGUUGUUUCUGCCAAAGGUAAAUUAACAAAAGAUUUAUUCAGGAAUCCCCAUUUGAAUUUGUAUGAUUCAAUAAAAGAAAACACCAAGUUAUAUAAAAUAAAUUGUGUAUGGGAUGUUGUGUUUUCCUUGGUCAUUUCCACUAACUUAUAUCUUCAUGGAAUGGAGCCCAGAUGAAAUGAGGGGAAGCCCUUCUCACAGUAGAUCUUAUUUGAAGACAUGUUAGUCAGUGGUUUCUGGCUCUGCCAAGGGAGAUACGUUCCCCAACAACCAUUUCAGCAGCCCGGAAUCUCAAGGCACUAGAAGCGGUGUCUUAAUUGGCUUCACACAGACAGAAUGCUCUGGACUGGGGUUUUUCCUUUGCUGUCUUAGAAAUGUGUGUUUAUUAGCACAUACCAACAAAAUAAAUGUCAAGAGUUAUUUCGUAAGUCUAAACUUAAGAAUUAAAGAUGGCAGACUUAUAA